AGUUGCUCCACAUUUGUGUCAUGUUCGGUGGCAGGUCUUACCCUCUACCACGCUGUUGGAGUUUUUAUAUUUUCAUCUGUGUCAUCUGCCAGUUUUUCUUCUAUCUGGUGAUUCUGCGAAACAGGAUUCAUGCAGAAAAACCUAGAAGCGAAUGGUUACCUCAUGAAAAUAACAGUGACUGGAGGAGAUUUAUAUCUCGUGGACCAAAACGAUCUGAGGAAUAUUACCAAUACAAUCUUCAGCUGAGCAAUACUCUUGAAGCAAUCAGGGAUGUGCCCAGAACAAGGCAUGCAAGCUGUGAUAGCCAUACCUACAGCCUGCCGCCCUCUCGGCAAGCCCAAGUAAGUGUGGUGAUCAGCUUCCACAAUGAGGCACGUUCUAUGCUGCUGCGCACCAUAAUAUCCCUGCUGCGCCGCACUCCCACAGACUAUCUGCACGAGAUUAUCCUUGUGGAUGAUGCCAGCCAGGACAAAACCCUCUUCGAGGACCUACGGCCUGGGUUGGGCUCACAAGGUCGCCCGUGGUUCUUCUUCCUGACCAACCAAAGACGCAAGGGUCUGAUUUGGUCUCGAAAUAUGGGUGCCAUCCAGGCGAGUGGCGACUACGUACUCUUCCUGGACAGCCACUGCGAGGUGAACGAGGGCUGGCUGGAACCGCUGCUGGAAAGGCUGGCCCUAAAACCCAAUCUGGCGGUCAGUCCCGUGCUGGACCUCAUUGACCCCGUCACUUUGGGCUACAAGAAGGGCAACGAGUUGCUUAAGGGUGGAUUUGAUUGGUCCCUGCACUUCCACUGGCUGAAGCGCGAUCUGGCAAACCAAGAGCUGCCCGAGCAUCCCUUCAAGAGUCCCGUCUCCUCUGGCGGCGUACUGAUGAUGUCACGCAAGUGGUUCCUUAAGCUCGGCAGCUUCAACUCGAAUCUGAAGAUCUGGGGCGGUGAGUCCAUCGAGCUGGCCAUUAAAUUGUGGCUUUGCGGCGGACAAAUUGAGAUCGUGCCCUGCAGUCGAAUCGGACACAUUUUUCGCCGACACCAUGCCUUUGACUUUCCGCCACACUCCCACGAACAGCAGCAGCAACACCACCAGCAGGAGGAGGAGCAGGAGCUGGAACUGAGUCCCGCCCAGGCAACCUAUCUGCACAACUCAAAAAUCAUAGCCGAGUCCUGGCUGGACGACUACAAAAAUAUGUUCUACGCAUUGAAGCCGGCGGCCAGGCGAAUUCCAUUGAAUCACACCUUCCACCAGCUGCAUCAGUUGAGGACGGAACUCCAGUGUCAUCGCUUCGAUUGGUAUCUGCGGCAUGUCAGUCCCGAACUAAGUUUGAUGCUUUAUGAGUUUGCUGCAACUGGAACGUUAAGGAACGAGGAUCGGUGUCUGCAUCACCCCGGGGUAAAGGACUCCCGCCAGCAAUUGAUCCUGGUGAACUGCUAUCGCGAUGACAUCACCCAGUGGAGCUUGUUUCGCAGCACCGGACAGCUGAGCACACAGCGGGAGUUCUGUCUGGGCGUGGAUUUGCACCAAGAGGUCACUCUGAAGCCCUGCCUGCGGAUGAACAAUACUGCCAGCAUGUCCCAGCAAUGGCACCGCAUGGACACUCACCUGGUUCACAACGAGACGCACCUGUGCCUCGAAAAUCCAGUCCAGGAUCGCCUCGUGCUGGCCCCUUGUCGCUGGCAUGCAGUGUCGCAGUCAUUUCAAUUUUCAUUGGAAAUGGAGAGGCAAACAUAAAGUCGGCUAAUGAUGCCGGUUUGACGUUCGAUGAAACCCAA